UUCUUGGAAGAUUGAUUUCUUCUGGGUUCUCCACGGAUAAGGCACACUCUGCCACUCUCCAGGAUUUCAAGUCAAGGUCUGUGGCUGUUUGAAUGGAGACCAUUUCAGGGGUUAGUUUCAUCGCCAACUGUAUCAAUUCUCCAUUUCGAAGAUUCAUUCGGGUUCCCUGUCCUCAAAGACCGGUUCCAGAAAGGAGCCUAUCGGUCUUUGCCUUGAGAACAAGCUCUCGUGCAGCGAGUGAAGUUGAAGAAGAGGAUGUUUUGCAAAUAUUCUUCAAGGAUAGAGCAUUGAAUGGAGAUUUUAUUUCUAAAGCUUCUGAUAUGUUGUGGAGGAGGGAGGUCGUUUCAUCUGUAGAAGAUGAUGCUAGUGAAAUUGCUGAUACUCUUCAGCAAGUUGAGCAGGUCAUGCAAAGUGAUGAUGUUGGUGGUGGAUUUCUGAAGCUUUCAAGAAUGCGUGAUUGGGUACUAGGUGAUGGUUCUGCACCACUUAAUAUGAAGACCAAAAUGAAGGCAUUGCAGGAUGACAUUGAAAGAAGGAAGAAACUAAACCUUCUCCAAUAUGAAGCUCUUAAAAGAGAACUGAUGCUUUUGUCAGUUAGCAUUGGAACUGCAUGUAGUGGGUAUUGUGUCAUAGCAUUAUCAUUGCAGGUUGCUGUUAGUUAUGCGGUUGGGGUUCUUUUCAGGUUAGUUGCUAUGUUUUUGUGCAGUUGCUUAUACCUUCAGCUCUUGUACUCUCAUGUUGACAAUCUAUCAAAGGAAAUGGUUCCCUCAAUCUUUAUGCCGAAGAAGCCAAAAAGGGUUGAAACAAGUGAUGACCUUAACAUUAAGGACAUCCUAGAGAAAGCCAUCAGGGGAAGUGGCAUUGCUCUUUCAUCUCCAAGACUAGUUAUCCCAGCAGUCAUAUAUGGGUUGUGGAUCCUGUCUCAUAGAUAUUUUGCCAAUGACUUUUUUGAUUUCCAGCUUGCUCCAGCAUUAGUUGGCAUGUUUGCAUACAAAGCUGCUGCUCUUGUUCAAGUAUACCGAGACAAUGAAAAUCAGCAAUUUAUUUUUCCAGAAAAUGAGGAAGGGACUGGUGAGUAGUGACUAAAUCACCUUUUUUCUGUAUUAUUAUUGAACACUUAAACAAAGAACAGGACACUACACACGAGGCUGAAUGCAGCUAGAGCCCCAGAUUAUCAUGUUGAAGAUUCCAAUGAAGCUCCAUCCCAAAAUAACUCUACUGCCUGUGGCUGAAUUUCCAAGGUUCAUUUCAGGGUCUAUCCUUCUCUGCCCAGGGUAGAGAAAGCUCUAUAGUAAUUGCUAUGUUCAUGCUUCUAUGUCUCUGUAUAUUAUAAAUUGUAAUAAUAAGAUUUUGCUGCU